CGGGAGCGGAGCUGCGGGGUAAGAGGAUGGUGCAGCUCCUGAGCUCCGAGGCGAGGGGCAGCUUCUCCCAGCAGCGCGCCGCUUCUCCCCGCUCCUGACUCCGGAUACACAGCGCGCGCGGACCCCCCGCCCGCCGCUCUCCUCCAGCAUGGCCGCGCGCCCCGGCGGCUCGCUCCCCAGCCGCUUCAUCUCGUGCGUGUGCGUGCUCGUGGCUGCGCAGACGCUGCUGAGCGGAGAGUGCGCCGCGCAGGUGUUUGACAGCUCGGGACUGAGCUACGGGCUGAGAUCGGAGCUGUCUGAAGAUGCCAUCCUGGUGGCCAACAAUGGAAUACGGGUUCCGUUUGGCAGGUCAGUUUUUGUGGAUCCUAUAAACGACUUGGUGAUCCAGGUCCAGCCUGGAGAUAAGUGCACUCUGACAGUUCUGGAUAGUGACCCUUUGUCACAGAGACCUGGACAGCUGUCCCCCAAAAAGUUCCCGUGUGAAUUUGGUCCGAACGAUGUGAAGUACCUGCACUAUGGAUCCAGGAGUCCCUCCAGAGACAGAGUCAGGCUGCAACUUCGCUAUGACACCCAGGGUCACACUGUGAUCAUCCCCUUCAUGAUGGAGGUGGAGGUGAUCUUCACUCAGCUGGAGAUCCUGACUAAGAACAUGCCCCUCACUGUGGAGAAGCUGCUCGGGAUCAGUAAUCCCAUUGAUAAGAAGAUUCUCGAGUUCACGUACGACAGGAAUCUGCACCAAUGCGAAGUGACGUCCCUCGCAAGCGUCAGCACGCUGCCCAGGUAUGGAACUUUGGUAGACGAGGGUAAACUUGGUAAAAUGAUUGACUGUGAUGAAUUUGUCAGGCUGAAUGUUCGUUAUCAGCACACUUUCGCGCAUCGCUCUCCAAACCGAGAUUACAUUCCCAUGUAUGUAGAACUUCAAGACAAGGAAAGUAAUGUGAUAAAGCAGGAGUUCUUCCAAAUCAUGGUUCGCAUCAAAGAGGGCGAGGAAAACACUGCUCCUAAACCGAGCUUUGUUGCGAUGAUGAUGAUGGAAGUUGAUCAGUUUGUGAUGACCGCGAUAACCCCCGACAUGCUUGCGGCCGAGGACGUUGAAUCGUCACCUAAUGACUUAAUCUUUAAUAUUACCUCUCCUCUGUCAUUCGAGGAGGGAUAUAUUGUGAGCACAGAUGACAGGAAUUUGCCCAUCACAUCCUUUUAUCAGGGAGAUCUGAAGGAUCUUAAAAUAGCCUACAAGCCGCCGUCUGUGGACUCGGAUGCUGAGAGAAUUUUCCAAAUUGAGUUUGUGGUUGUAGACACGGAGGGAGCCGUCUCAGAUCCCUUUGCUUUCAUGAUUGUGGUGAAGCCUAUGAACACUUUAGCUCCUGUUGUGACCCGUAACACUGGACAGCUGCUGUAUGAGGGCCAGUCUAGAACUCUGUCCAGUUUGCAGAACCUGCGGAUUAGCGACGAAGACAAUUUAGACGAUGUGAAAGUCACGGUGAUAGAUGGGCUGAAACAUGGUGAGCUGACUGUUUUGGGAUCCAGAAGGAAAUUUUUCACGCCCGCAGAUCUCGAUCUGGGAUCUGUCAUCUACCAGCAUGACGGCAGCGACACGUACAGUGACAAUAUAAUUUUCCGCAUGACAGACGGCAAACAUGAAGUAGAGUUCCUGUUCCCCAUAACUGUGGUGCCUACUGAUGAUGAGCCACCAAUUAUCAAUGCUAAUACAGGCUUGGUGCUGUUUAAAAAUCACAUGAUGCCAAUUUCUCAGUUAAUGCUCAGCGCAGCUGACAUCGACUCUGAGGACUCAACUAUUAGAUUUAUUAUGGAGCCUCCUUUCUCAGUCGUUGGGGAGGUGCUGCUCCGCCAGUCUGAUGCUCCAGAGGACCCGUCUACGUGGAGGUUUAAUGCUGAAGAUGAAAUGUAUGAGAAGGCGGUGACAGAGUGGCUCCAGCAAGACAUUACCGACGGCAGGUUGUUUUAUAGGCACAUCGGGCCUCACAACACUGAAGCCAUUACAGACCAGUUUGUCUUUCGAGUUCAGGAUGACAAUGAUCCACCAAAUCAGUCAGGGAGGAACUCUUUUAUCAUCAGAAUUCUCCCUAUCGAUGAUAUCCCUCCUGAGCUUUACCCCGGCACCACGUUGCAGCUGACUGUGCAUGAAUACCAGCUCACGUUCUUUCGUAAGAAGUUCCUACGCUACACCGACUUAGACUCUGAAGACAGGGAUUUAAAGUAUACCAUCACUCAGCCACCCACAGACACGGAUGAGAACAGCCCAGGUAUUUUAGGAACCAUUGUUCUGACUGAGAGUACAAAUACGGAGGUCACGGAGUUCACCCAAGCGCAGAUAAACCACCAUAAGAUAGCAUAUAAGCCUCCAGAUCUGGAGCUGGGGAUAACUCCACACAUAGUGCAGUUCCACUACACAGUGGAGGACACAGCAGGCAACAGUGCCGACGGAGUGUUCACCAUUUUCCUGCAGCCUGUCGACAACAAGCCCCCACAAAUCACCAACACUGGCUUUACUGUGCUGGAACGGGGAACGCAUGUCAUCACACGCUCAGAGCUACAUACCACAGACCCAGACACCGACAGCUCCAGGAUAUCCUUCACCCUUACCCAGCCUCCUCAGCACGGCCAGGUCCUGUACACAUUCACAAUCCUCACCAAAGGAGAUUCAUUCAAUUUGGAUGAUAUCUUCAGUGGCAAGAUCUCCUACGUUCAUAACGGAGACGAGUCAACUAAUGACUUCUUUCAAAUUGAUGUGAGUGAUGGAAUCCACAUAGUCACUAUUACCAUUAGGAUCACUGUAAAGCCCGUUGACGACGAGGCUCCAACCAUAAGCCUUCCAGAGGGCACUAUCGGUUCGUACAUUGAUGUUCUGGAGAACGGUGCCACAGAGAUCACCACCAACAUCAUUCAGGGCCGAGAUGAGGACACAGAUGACCUCAGGCUGACCUUUAUCGUAGAGGACCCCCCAGUGUUUGGAGAAAUUCUAGUGAAUGGAGCUCCGUCCAAUAGAUUCACUCAGGCGGACAUCAUCAGCGGCUUAGUGGUGUACGCUCACACAAGUGGAGAGAUUGGCCUCAGCACAAAAGAGGACUUCUUCAAUCUGACCCUGACGGAUAUGUCUGAUGAGUGGACUGUGGGAGGCAAUAAAAUCAAGGGCGUUCGAGUGCAGGUUACUAUUUUGCCGAUAGACAGCCAAGCCCCUGAAGUGUCUGUAGGACCCCAAUUCACAGUGGUUGAAGGUGAGAAAAAUGUCAUACAGAUAUUGCACAUAAGCGCUGACGAUAUUGACACUCCCAACGAUGACCUUUUGUGUACGAUCAUCGUGCAGCCCACUUCAGGCUACGUAGAGAAUAUCUCUCCAGCUCCAGGAUCAGAGAAGUCCAGGUCAGGAACUGCUAUUAGCGCUUUCACCAUUAAAGACAUCAAACAAAACCAUAUUUAUUAUGUACAAAGCAUUCACAAGGGAGUGGAGCCGGUUGAGGAUAGGUUCACCUUCAGAUGCUCGGAUGGGAUAAAUUUCUCUGAGAGACACUUUUUCCCCAUUAUGAUAAUUCCAUCUAAUGAUGAAAAGCCAGAGAUCCACAUGAGAGAGUUUGUGGUGAUGGAAGGCAUGAACGUUGUUAUCGACACUCCUAUUUUAAAUGCUGUCGAUGCGGAUUUUCCCACAGAUGAGCUGACCUUCAUUAUCACUAAACCCCCGAAACACGGCUUUAUUCUGAAUCAGUUAACCUCCGGUACUGUUCCGGUUACUAAUUUUACUCUGGACCAAAUUAGAGAGGCGUCUAGCAUUGUUUAUGAGCAUGACGACUCAGAAACCACAGAAGACAGUUUUGUUGUCCUUCUCACUGAUGGUAAAUUCUCUGUGGAAAAAACUGUCAUUAUCAUGGUCAUCCCGGUGGAUGAUGAAACGCCAAGAAUGGCAAUUAACGAUGGCCUUGAAAUAGAGAUAGGAGAAGCCAAAGACAUCAACAACAAAGUUUUGAAAGCAACAGACUUGGAUUCGGAAGAUAGUACGCUAAUCUACAUUAUUCGUUACGGUCCAAAUCAAGGAAUUUUACAAAAGAGAACGCCUUUUGGAACGCUUGAGAAUAUAACCGUUGGAAUGAACUUCACACAAAGUGAAAUUGACCAGAGUUUGAUCAUAUAUAUUCACAGUGGACAGGAGGGAAUACGGGAUCUCAUCAAAUUCGAUGUCACCGAUGGCAUCAAUUCGCUAAUCGACAGAUACUUUUAUGUAACAGUAGGUGGAAUUGACAUGGUGUUUCCUGACGUCGUUAGCAAAGGUGUUUCUCUAAAAGAAGGAGGAAGAGUGACUCUAACUACAGACCUGCUCAGCACCAGUGAUCUUAAUAGUCCAGAUGAGCACUUGGUCUUCACCAUCACUCGUGCUCCCAUGAGAGGCCACCUGGAGUGCACCGACACUCCCGGAAUGCCCAUCACCUCCUUCACUCAGCUCCAGUUAGCUGGCAGCAAAGUUUACUACAUCCACACUGCUGACGACGAGGUCAAGAUGGACAGCUUUGAGUUUGAGGUGACCGACGGGUACAACCCCGUGUUCCGCACCUUCCGCAUUUCCAUUUCGGACGUGGACAACAAAAAGCCAGUGGUCACGAUUCAUGGCCUGGGAGUUAACGAGGGCAAGACUAGGCUAAUCACUCCCUUUGAGCUGACCGUGGAGGACCGUGACACUAGUGACCGACUCCUGAAGUUCACCAUCACCCAGGUUCCAGUUCACGGUAAACUUCUCUUUAACAACACCAGACCUGUUACAACCUUCACCAAGCAGGACCUGAAUGAGAACAUGAUCAGCUACAAACACGACGGAACCGAGUCGGCCUCCGACAGCUUCUCCUUCACGGUCACUGAUGGAACUCAUACGGACUUCUACGUCUUCCCCGACACGGUUUUCGAGACCCGCAAACCGCAGAUGAUGAAGAUCACAGUCCUUUCCGUGGAUAACGGAGUUCCACAGAUCGUGGUCAACAAGGGUGGAACGAUGCUGAGGAUGCUGACCACCGGUCACCUGGGAUUUGUGAUCACCAGUAAAGCCCUAAAGGCUGAGGACAGGGACAGUCCACAUGGAAUGGUCACCUUCAGAGUAACAGUGGGAGCAGAGCAUGGCUACCUGAUCGACCUGGGCAAGGGGAACGCCACCAUCACCACGUUUACACAGGCUGACAUCGACGACAUGCACAUAUGCUACAUCCUGCGAGACGGAGACAACGCCACCAGUGACACCUUCUUCUUCUCCAUUGAAGACAAUGGAGGAAACAAGCUGAAGAAGCAGCAGUUCCGGCUGAACUGGGCCUGGAUUUCUCUGGAGAAGGAGUAUUACCUGGUGGAUGAGGAGGUGAAGGUGCUGGAGGUGGUGCUGAGACGGAGAGGAUAUCUUGGAGAAACGUCUUUUGUCAGUAUCGCUACCAAAGAUGGAACAGCAGAAAAGGACAAAGACUUUCGAGGAAAAGCCCAGAAACAGGUCCAGUUUAACCCGGGUCAGACCAGCGCCACCUGGAAGGUGCGGAUCCUCGGCGAUAACCUGUACGAGCAGUCCGAGAGCUUCCAGAUUCUCCUCUCCGAGCCCGUGAUGGGAGCUCUGGAGUUCCCUCAGGCAGCCGUGGUGGAGAUAGUGGACCCUGGAGAUGAGUCCACAGUGUUCUUCCCCUCAGAUACGUACUCGAUUGAGGAGGAUAUCGGGGAGCUGCUGAUCCCCGUCCGCAGGUCAGGAGACGUCAGUCAGGAGCUGAUGGUCAUCUGUUACACACAGCAAGGCACGGCCACCGGCACCGUCCCCACCACCGUCCUGUCGUAUUCGGACUACAUCUCGCGGCCCGAGGAGCACGGCAGCGUCCUGCGCUUCGACCGAGGCGAGACGGAGAAGACGUGCCGGGUGGUGGUGAUCGACGACUCUCUGUAUGAAGCAGAGGAGAGCUUUAACAUCACCCUCAGCAUGCCCAUGGGAGGCCGGCUGGGCCAGGAGUUCUCCACCACCAGGAUCACCAUCCUGCCCGACUCCGACGACGCUCCAGUGUUCUAUUUCGGGGAGGUUCAGUAUCAUGUGGAUGAGAGUGAUGGUUAUGUGGAGGUUCGGGUUUGGAGGACGGGAUCUGACCUUUCUAAGACGGGGACGGUUACGGUGCGCUCCCGGAAAACUGACCCACUUUCUGCUGAAGCUGGGGAGGACUAUGUGGGCAUCAGUAAGAACCUGGACUUCUCUCCAGGCGUCUCCAUGCAGACGUUCCGGGUCACGGUGCUGGAUGACCUGGGUCAGCCGGUGCUGGAGGGUCCGGAGAAGUUUGAGCUGGUUCUGAGGAUGCCCAUGAACGGCAUUCUGGGAGAACCGGGGAAAGCCACUGUGUUCAUCAACGACUCUGUUUCAGACUUGCCGAAGGUUCAGUUCCGGGAUGCUUCGUACACCGGCAGCGAGAACGCCGGGAGGAUUACGGCCGUGGUUUACCGCAGCGGAGACCUGAGAUACAGAUCCAGCGUUCGCUGCUACAGCCGGCAGGGUUCAGCCCAGGUCAUGAUGGACUUCAACGAGAGACCAAACACAGACGCCUCCGUUAUCACCUUCCUACCAGGGGAGGUGGAGAAGCCCUGUACUCUGGUUCUGGUUGAUGACUCUGAGCAUGAGGAGGUGGAGGAGUUGAGGUUGGUUCUGGGGACCCCUAGAAGUGAUUCUCCAUUCGGGGCGUCGAUUGGAGCUCAGAACGAGGCGCUGAUCAAGAUCACGGACGAUGCUGACAAGGCUGUUAUCAGGUUUGGGGCGACUAAGUUCAGCGUGAGUGAACCCUCUGAGUCGGGGCAGGUCACGGUGGUGAAGGUCCCGGUGCAGCGGGUGGGGGACACCUCCAAAGUGUCUGUGGUUCGAGUUCACACUAAAGACGGAUCAGCAUCUUCUGGAGAGGAUUACCACCCGGUGUCAGAGGAUAUUGAGUUUAAGGAGGGAGAAUCUGAGCACACGGUGGAAAUAGAGAUUCUGUAUGAUGGGGUUCGGGAGAUGAGAGAAGCGUUCACAGUUCACCUGAAGCCGGACGAGAACAUGGUGGCUGAGAUUCAGAUGACUAAAGCCAUCGUCUACAUCGAGGAGAUGAACAGCAUGGCUGACGUGACCUUCCCCGCCGUGCCAGUGGUCAUCUCCCUCCUGCAGUACGACGACCCCGGCGGUGCCCGGCUCGGCCAGCCUGCAGCCGGAUACCCCGUCGCCUGCGUCAGCGCCUGCAACCCCAAGUACCCGGACUUCGAGCGCACCGGCUCCAUCUGCGCCGGCGAGCGCAUCAACGACACCCUGACCCGGUACCGCUGGCUCGUCAGCGCCCCCACCGGGCCGGACGGGGUCACCAGCCCCAUGAGGGAGGUGGACUUCGACACUUUCUUCACCUCCUCCAAAACCAUCACUCUGGACUCCAUCUACUUCCAGGCUGGAUCUCGGGUUCAGUGCGCGGCCAGAGCCGUCAGCGCCGGCGGAGACGAGGGACUGGAGCUCAGCAGCUCCAUCAUCUCCAUCAGCACUGAGGAGGGUCUGUGCCAGUCUCGAGUGCCGGGCGCGGUUGGCGCCGAGCCUUUCUCUGCCAAACUCCGCUACACUGGACCAGAGGACACCGACCAUCCAAACCUCAUCAAACUCACCGUCACCAUGCCUCACAUCGACGGGAUGCUGCCCGUGGUCUCCACUCGUCCUCUCUCUAACUUCGAGUUGACUCUGAGUCCGGACGGGACUCGGGUGGGUAACCACCGCUGCUCCAACCUGCUGGACUACAGCGAGGUGCGCACCCGCCACGGCUUCAUCACCGACUCCACCCGCAACCCGGACGCCAUCGGGGGCACCGCGCCAUACCAGUACAGCGCCACCCUGAGGGGGCGGAGCACCCUGCGCUUCUACAGGAACCUCCACCUGGAGGCGUGUCUGUGGGAGUUCACCAGCUACUACGACCUGUCCGAACUGCUGAACGACUGCGGCGGCACCAUCGGCACAGACGGACAGGUGCUGAACCUGGUGCAGUCCUACGUGACCCUGCGCGUGCCCCUUCACGUGUCCUACGUGUUCCACUCUCCGGUGGGCGCGGGCGGCUGGCAGCACUUCGACCUGCAGUCUGAGCUCAGGCUCACAUUUGUGUACGACACCGCCAUCUUGUGGAGGGACGGCAUCGGCAGCCCGCCGGAGGCUGAGCUACAAGGAGCUCUGUAUCCCACGAGCAUGCGCAUUAAUGAACAGGGCCGGCUGGUGGUGAACUUCCGUACAGAAGCUCGAUUCAGGGGACUGUUUGUGACCUCCCACCCUGCCUCACCUUUAACCUCUAUGAUAAUGUGCUCGGAUCACCCGGGGCUGACCUUUAACCUCACGCUGGUGAGGAGCGAGCCCACCUACAGCCAGCCCAUGCAGCAGUGGACCUUCCUCUCAGACUUCGCCGUGAGGGAUUAUUCAGGAACGUACACGGUGAAGCUGCUGCCCUGCACGGCUCCUCCCACAGCCGACUACACUCUGCCUCCAGUCUGUAAUCCUAGAGAGCCUGUGACCUUUGACCUCGAUAUACGCUUCCAACAGGUGAGUGAUCCAGUAGCAGCAGAGUUCAGUCUGAACACUCAGAUGCUGCUGUUAUCUAAGAGAACUCUGUGGCUGUCAGACGGAUCCAUGGGCUUCGGGCAAGAGAGCGAUACUGCAUUCUCAGAGGGUGAUGUGAUCUACGGUCGAGUGAUGGUGGAUCCAGUGCAGAACCUGGGAGACUCGUUUAUCUGUAACAUAGAGAAAGUGUUUCUCUGUACAGGAACUGAUGGAUACGUACCCAAAUACAACCCUGAGAACUUUGAGUACGGCUGCCUGGCCGACGCCCCCUCCCUGCUCUACAGAUUCAAGAUCAUAGAUAAAGCUCAGCCGGAGACUCAGGCGAGGGCGUUCGGCAGUAUCAGUUUUAACGCUCUGCUGGCUGUAGAUGAUCCUCAGGCUCUGGCGCUGGUGAGACAGCCGGGAUCAGACGGGUUCAGAGUCGACUCUACAGCCCUGUUCCAGGUCUCUACAGGAAGAGAGUGGUACAUCCACACCAUCUACACCGUCCGCUCUAGAGACAACGCCAACCGAGGCAUCGGGAAGAGGAGUCUGGAGUAUCACCAGGUUACUGAUCACAGAUCAGCUCGGUCCAGAAGAUCUGCCCGAGUACCGUCUCCAGCCGAGGACAUCGGAGCCGAGAACGACCGGGGAACCAACAUCCUACACAUAGCGCUGGACCACAGCAACCAGAGACAACCCCCUCCCAACAUCAACAUCCAGAGCGUCCUCCACCCCACACAGUCCAAACCCAGCGACACCGGAGACGACCACCUCAUAACUGUCAUCGGGAUCGUGGUGGGUCUUCUCCUGACUGUGCUCUUACUCUUGCUCGUGGUCCUGCUGCUGAGGUCCAGACAGGAGAAGAAGUCGAUCAGUGAGCCGCCGAAACCCUCCAGCAGCACAGAGCCCAUGAUGACGCACAGCCUCGACACUAACGACAGCUCUGAGGUUUAGGAGUUUCACCAGGUGAAACGUCAUUAAAACCGUUUUUAUUUUGCAAGUGCCUCUAAUUUAUCUACUAAAACUAAAACUUUGACAAGUAAAAAAGUAAAAAAAAGUUAAGGCCAGAGCCCACCAACUCAACACCAACCCAACAAAACCAACCCAACACUCCCAAACCAACCCAACACUAACUCAAUACUCCCCAACCAAACCAACCCAACAGCAACCCAAUACUCCGCAACCAAACCAACCCAACACCAACCCAACCAAACCAACCCAACACCAACCCAACAAAACCAACCCAACACUAACCCAACACUCCACUCCCAAACCAACCCAACACUAACUCAAUACUCCCCAACCAAACCAACCCAACAGCAACCCAAUACUCCGCAACCAAACCAACCCAACACCAACCCAACCAAACCAACCCAACACCAACCCAACAAAACCAACCCAACACCAACCCAACACUCCACAACCAAACCAACCCAACACUAACUCAAUACUCCCCAACCAAACCAACCCAACACUAACUCAAUACUCUGCAACCAAACCAACCCAACACCAACCCAACAAAACCAACCCAACACCAACCCAACAAAAACAAAAUAACACCAACUCAACACUCCCCAAAAAAACCAACCCAAUACUCCCCAAAAAAAUCAACCCAACACUCCCCAACAAAACCAAACACCAACAAAUUUUGAAUAACAAAAUCUAAGGAGAUUUUUUUCUUCUUUUUAUUACUUAUGUGUAUAAGUACUGUUCCAAACUACUGUGCAGUUGUAUUUUCCAAUAAAUCAUUUGUUUACGUAAAAAUAUCAUUGUCUAAGGGAACAGUAACAAAGAAAAUAUACAAAAAUCCAUUACUCUACUUAAAUAUUUUUUUUUUUGUAUCUUUACGAAAGCAAAGUAAAGUUUUCUGGUGAUUUUUUUACUUUUAUUUGGCUUGUGCUCUGACCAGGGUGAGCCUCCCUAACACCUAAAAAAAUUGCCAAAAAAAAAAAAAAAACUUUGUGUGAUUGGCUUCAGUUACACACGUCCAACAUGUCCUGUGUCUUUAGCUUACGCCCACUGGCUCUCCGGCCUGCAUUAGCCGGAUUGUGAUCUUAAACUAUGUUUGUUGUUUAAGCAAGUUUAACCAAUGCAACUGCAUAACAUUUCACAUAGCAUUACACAAGUCAUGGAAUCAUCACUUCUGCUGUUUUACCACCGACUUUAUGAAAGACUUGAAGUGAGUAGUCGGUUUCUGUCCUAAUGAGGCUCUUAUUUUGUUCUACUGCUUUCACCACGUUAUUAUUCAUCAACGGCACACAGGUACUUUAUUUCAACCCAAAGGUGCUAGAAGCUUCCUGCCCGGUGAGCAGGCAGUCGACUGUAUAAAACCAGUUUUACUUUUUUGUUUUUUAAGUUUAAAAGAAUGUGGUUUAACUACAGUUUACCAGUCACGUUAACCACAGCAUGAAUGACCUCAUCUUUCUUUUUGAGUGUUUUUUGUUAACUUUUUAUACAUUUUUCUAUUUUAUUUUUCACUGGAGGAAAAUAAUUGUACACUUCAGCUUUUUUUUAAGAUCUAGAGAUCUAGGUGGUUCAGUUCUGUAGCCAGUUGCACCAGCUUAACGUAGACCUGGUUCUAGUCGUGGUUAUUGAGUUUAUAAGCUGCUGAAAUAUAGUGAGUUGAUCCUAUCCUAUCCUACAUUUAACCCAAAUCUAAAAAUCCAACACCUAACAACUAGGAGUCUGUGGUCAGUUAUGAUAUAAUCUGCAAUAUUUAGCCCAAAAAUGAAGAUCCAACACCUAAAAAUUAGGUUAAUGAUCCAAUAAUCAACACCCAAAUAUGAAGAUUUGAUACCUAAGAGUAAGGUUUCUGUAGCCAUUUAUGAUCCAAUCUGCAAAAAUUAAGCCCAAAUAUGAGGGUCAGACACCUAACAGUAGGGUUACUGUUGCUGUUUAUGAUCCAAUAAUCAAUAUUUUACCUAAAUAUGAAGAUCAGAUACCUAAGAGUAAGGUUUCUUUGGCCAUUUAUGAUCCAAUCGGUAAUAUGUAGCCCAAAAAUGAAGAUCUUACACCUAAAAGUAAGGUUUCUGUAGCUGUUUAUGAUCUAAUCGGCAAUAUUUAGCCAAAAAACUAAGGUCCGACACCUAAAAGUAACUUUUCUGUGGCCAUUUAUGCUGUAAUUGGCAAUAUUUAGCCCAAAUAUGAAGAUCUGACACCUAAAAGUAAGGUUUCUGUAGCUGUUUAUGAUCUAAUCGGCAAUAUUUAGCCAAAAAACUAAGGUCCAACACCUAAAAGUAACUUUUCUGUGGCCAUUUAUGCUGUAAUUGGCAAUAUUUAGCCCAAAUAUGAAGAUCUGAAACCUAAAAGUAAGGUUUCUGUCGCUGUUUAUGAUCUGAUCAGCAAUCUUUAACCAAAACAUGAAGAUCCAAUACCUAUAGACUUUAUAUACCUAAACCUACAAUCAGACUUAUAUCAAUAUCAACUGCUACAACUGGCUACUGCUGAUUAAUAAACAGACUUUAGUUUACUUUGAAAAGCAUUGUUGUAACUUUAUUCUUUAUUUUUUGUGUUAUGUUUCUGGUCUAUACACUGUUUUUCCUUUUUUCAUCAUUAGAUUUUCUUUUUUUAUUAUAUAUUUUGGCAUUGUUCUGUUUUUUCAUCAUCCUUCAUUCGUACACUUGCUGUGUAAAAAGUGUAUAAUAAUGUAAAGUCAUAUAAAACCUUUGAAAGAAGUGUCUUUUAUACGUGUGCACGUCAGGCCCACCAUUUACUCCUUUAUCCCUGAUUGAUUUCAGUGAUUGUCGUGGGAAAUUAUUAGAGAUGAGAUUGUAGCGUGUUGAUCAUUAAGACAGCUGGACUGCCUUACCGAGUAGUCCUGUAAUGCUAAUCCACAUUAGCCAAAUGCUAAUUUCAGAAGAUAAUCUGAUCUCUACUAUGGUUCUCCAAAGCUUUUUGUUUAUCUUUUAUACUAUAUUUAAUCACGAACACGGAUCGUGUUCAGAGUACACUGGUAUAAUCGUAGAAGUAAAUCGGCAGAAAGGGACUGCAUUUAUGGGUCAUUCCCAGACGUACACUCAACGAUAAAGAUGCUACAAAGGGUUAUUUGAGUGCAAUGAUGUAGAAGAGGGUUCAUAAACUUUUGCAACUUGAUGCCCCAUAACUUAUCACAAAGACAUGUGCAUUUUAAAGGGGACAUAUUAUGCAAAACUUACAUUUUCUGUGUAUUUGCUGUCAGGAAUCUUCUAUAAAUGCUUCUAGAACCUCAGUACACAGUAGGAUUAGUCAGCAGACUUUUUCUGAGAGAGGGAUCUAUACCUACUGUAUGUGGCAGGUGAAGGUCAGCAAAUGAGGGAGAUGAAAGUUCUUUCAAAUAUAAAAAAGUUUUGUGUUUCUAUUACAUUUAAGCAUGAACUAUCUUAACUUACGCUCAGCGUAAACAUGGGGCGUGGCCAGCAACAGCUUAUUUGCAUAAAAGUGACAGAGCCCUUCAAUGGCUAAUUCUAUAAGGUACCUAAAGGUACAUUUUAAAGGACACAUAUUAUGCAAAACAUACUUUUCCUUUGAAUCAUUUCAAAGAGUUUCGUGUCAGGAAUCUUCUAUAAAAACUUCUAUAAGCUAUUUGGAUGGCUCCUCCCUUUUAGUGACAUCAUAAUAAGGAAACCCUUUUUGCAUAGAACCAUAUUAACUCCACCCCUUUACCCAUCAGCCCCCACUAGAGCCCCACCCACUAGAUUAGUAGAAUUAUCUGACAUUUUGGUCAUUAUAGUUGAGAAGCUCAGACAAUACACAGCAGGAUUAGUCAGCAGACUUCUUCUGAGGGAGGGAUCUAUACCUAGGGAGAUGUAAGUUCUGUCAGAUACAAAUGAGUUUUGUGUUUCUAUCACAAUAAAUCAUGAACUAGCUUAAUGUACACUCAGCGUAAACAUGGGGCGUGGCCACCAACAGUUUAUUUGCAUAAAAGUGACAAAGCCCUUCAACGGCUUGUUUCGAAAGGUACUUGAACUGGUAAAAAUAGAGUCUCUCUACCUUUUAAACUAAAAAUGAUGCUUCUAAAACAUUCCUCCUAGAACCCUUUGUAGCUCACUGUUCAGAGUGUAUUAGAUACUAUAUGAGAAUGCUCAUUUACACAUAUAUUUAUUUAUUAUCAUCUACAGUAUGUAUUCAGCAUUGAGCACACGUUAAAUACACGAGUAAAUAAAUCGUACUCAGCCACAGUUAAUCACGCACAUACAGUAGAUUAAUGCACUUGUAUUAUUUACCCUUUGCUUUAUUUAGGUUUUGCUUAAUCACAUCUUAUCAUAAAAUUAUCAUGGAAAUGAAUGAUGAUCAAGUGCAGAAAAAGGUUCUUGCUAUGCAAUUCAUGAUAAAAUUACACUGCAAAGUACACUGCAAAAAUAUCUUACCAAGUGAAAUAUUCUUAAAUGUAGUUUUAAUUCAUUUAUCUUUUAACUUACUCUGCUUGUUUUUUAAUUUCUAUUUUAUGUAUCAAAUAAGAAAAAGAUUAUUCAUUUUUGGGGAAUAAAUAAUAUAUAAUAAUAUUUAUAAUAUAAGCAGCUUUUUAUCUGUUUGCGAAAUAAGACACUUUCAGUAGAUAAAAUUGGAGGACAAAUAUGUUUUAUGAGAUGAUCUUAUAAUAUUGUUGCCACAGUGUGAAAAAUAUAUAAAUAUCAAGUAUUUAGACUGGAUUUGAGAGGAUUUCACUUGCUGUAAUAUUUUUGCACUGUAUAAAUUUUGUUGCUCUUUAAGUUUUUAAUGCUUUUUAAAUAUUUUAUUGAUUAUUUUCACUCUUUUGUUUGGCUGUAUGAACAGAACACUGGCUUUUACAGUACGAUCAUAUUAAAUGCAUUUCACUCCUGUGUGAACAGAUUUCUCCUGAAUAUGUAAAUAUGAGUUUGAAUAGAAAUUAUCAUUUUUUUCUGUUUUUCUUUUUGUUUGUUUGUUUCUUUUUUUUUGUCGGGAAGGGGGAGGGGUCUGUUUUAAUAAAUGACUAUGUACUGUAUUGUAUGUAUUCAUAAUCUACACACACACACACACUCCAUAUAUGUGUUCAAAUACGAAAUUAAAGUGUGUCUUUCAGUAA